CAAAACAGUGACACAUUGUUUGGUUUCAUUCAUAACUGGAUGACCAUUGAGUCCAUUGACUGACUGAGUGAUAGUCUUAGAGUUGGUGUGGAGUGUGGAUCAGAUAAGAUGGUGAAUCUGACACAAAUAUGUCUCAAAUAUAUGCCGCAUUGGAUGAAGAGACCGGAGAACAGAUCCGUUUACUUCAAAAGAGUGGCUCUUCUUCGGCUGACGGGAACAUUUGGUGGUCUGAGUCGGAACUCUUUCAAAGUAGCCGUCAAGAAGUGGACCAAAACCAUGCAAUAUAAGCCUAAAUACCGGCGACUGAGGUCUCAAAUGAUUCAAGACUUGUAUUCGCAGCGAAUCUUAGGCGCCGUCGAAGAACACGGAUUCAAAUACGAGCUCUUCAUGUCUUGUUUAACCAAAUGUGGGGUCGAACUGAACCGCAAAUCGUUGUCUACUUUAGCCGUUUAUGAACCGAAGACUUUUGAGAGUUUAGUAGAUUUGGCCAAAACUAAGCUCAGAGAAGAAGCAGAUUCUGAGAUCGCAAUCAAUACUAAACCUGUCGAUGGAGUGAUCACUCGAGGAAUGCUGUGAGUUGUCCCACAGUUUUCAUAAGAAAUCAGAUUAUAUUUGGUAUAAAAUGUUUUUUAUUAAGUCAUGAAAUGAUG